UUUAUUGUUCAGUGUUCACACAUCCCAGUGGGAAAAAGAAAAAAGCCUAGUCAUGGCGUUGAAGCUUGUUAGCAGAGUGGUGGCGCAAAUUGCGAACACGAGAAGCAGAUCAUACUACACGAGCAGGACGAAGAAGCUAAGCCUUUACUCCAAGAUUAGCCCACUUGGAAACCCUACCACAAGCAUGGAACCCGAGCUCGACGAUUGGGUCUACAAGGGUAACAAGGUUCGAGUUGGAGAGCUUCAGCGCAUCGUUCGCGACCUUCGCAAGCGCAGGAGGUUCGCCCAGGCACUCGAGGUAUCUGAGUGGAUGAAUAAGAAUGGUGUGUGCAUAUUUUCUCCAGUUGAACAUGCAGUGCAUUUGGAUUUGGUUGGCAAGGUUCAUGGAUUUCAGUCUGCUGAAUGCUAUUUUGACAGCUUGAAGGACCAAGACAAAAUUGAUAAGACAUAUGGUGCUCUCUUGAAUUGCUAUGUUCGCCAGCGCCAAAUUGAGAAGGCUCUCUCCCAUUUCCAGAAAAUGAAGGAGCUGGGGUUCGCUUCGACACCUCUAACCUACAACGAUAUUAUGUGUUUGUACACAAAUAUUGGACAGCAUGAGAAGGUCCCCAAUGUGUUAACUGAGAUGAAAGAAAACGGGAUUUUGCCUGACAACUUCAGCUACAGAAUAUGUAUAAAUUCUUAUGGCGUGAGGUCUGAUGUCACUGAAAUGGAGAGAAUAUUGAAAGAGAUGGAGAGUCAACCGCACAUUUUGAUGGAGUGGAACACUUAUUCUGUUGUGGCUAAUUUCUAUAUAAAAGCAGGGUUCGAGGGUAAGGCAGUUGAUGCUUUAAGGAAAUCUGAGGAGAGGCUAGAUAACAAAGAUGGUAUCGGUUACAAUCAUCUCAUCUCUCUUUAUGCACAACUGGGCAACAAGAAUGAGGUCCUAAGAGUAUGGGAGUUGGAGAAAAGUUCUUGCAAAAGAUGCUUAAACAGGGAUUUUACAACCAUGUUAGAAUCUCUGGUGAAGCUCGGUGAGCUGGACGAAGCAGAGAAAAUACUGAAGGAAUGGGAAUCCUCUGGCAACUGUUACGAUUUUUCAGUCCCAAACACUAUAAUCAUUGGGUACGCAGAGAAGGGUUUGUAUGAGAAGGCUGAAGCCAUGCUGGAAGAUUUACAGAACACUGGAAAGGUGACGACUCCGAACAGUUGGACUGUGGUGGCAGGUGGAUACCUGCAUACGGGUGAGAUGGAGAAAGCUUUGAGGUGCCUUAAAACAGGUCUGUCUUUGUAUGUUGACAAUAAAGGAUGGAAGCCAAACCCCAAGGUGAUCUCUGGUGUAUUGAGAUGGAUUGGUGACAAUGGAACUGUCACAGACGCAGAAAAUUUAGUGAGUUCAUUAAUAAAUGUUGUCCCAGUAAAUAGACAAAUGUACCAUGCCCAAAUCAAGACUUACAUUAGAGAAGGUAAAGAAGUGGAUGGACUUUUGGACAGCAUGAAAAAAGACAACAUUGAUGAAAACGAAGAAACUAGGGAAAUUGUUCAAAUGAGGAAGCUGUAGUUUAGACUUUCAAGUCAUAUUAUUAUUCUUUGGUUGUAUCAUCGUUCAUAUUAGCAUUCAGUUUCUAAAUGAUUGAGGUCUCUACAUUACAGUAGAGUUGAAUCAAAACGUAAUAUUACAUUUAUUUGUUUAA